GUGGUCGGUAUCGGUAUCGGAUUCGUAUUCGGAAAUCCAGUUCCACUUCUUUUCCCUUUACAGAGUUUUCCCCGUCUGUUUUUGGCGUUCAAUUUUUGCCGGCAAUUUAAUUAGGGAAAGUGGAUUAAUUUGCAACUCGUUAGACUAAUUAAGGAUUAUAAUCAGCAGCAGCAGCACACAAACCAACGAGCCAUGUAAAACGUCAGCGAAAAGGAUAACAAAAAAGUGAAAAACAAAAGGAAAACCCGAAAGGAAAUUAAACUGAAUACAAAAAAGCACAGUGCGACCCACACACAUAAGGUGACCUUUGAAAGCCAACUAUAAAUAGAUCGGCCAUUAAAGGCGUUUUACCACACAACAAACUACAAGGAGAGUGAAAAACAGUGUGAAAACGUUUAAUUGGAUUUUGGAUACCAAAAACCGUCAAGAACAACCAUCAACCAAUACGCCCGAGUGGCCCCCUCACAGGCAGCGUGGCCUAAAUGAUGCCCGAAACUGAACGCGAUUCGGAGUUGGUGGCAGCGGAAAUGGUUAGCGGUGCUUUGGGGCACAAUUACGGCAUUGUUAAGGAUCAGCAACAGCAGCAGCAUCACCAUCAUCUUCAUCAUAAUAACCACCAUCAUCAUAUGCAGCACCAGUCCAGCAUCCAGCAUCAACAACAGCAGCACUCCACCACCACCGCCUACGAUCUGAACAAGAUGGCCACCAGCUAUGUCUAUAGCAAUCCCCUGACCAUUCCGCCAACAUCCACGGCCAUGGUGAGUCCCAGCAGCAAGGAGAAGCUGGUCAACCUGUUGCGUGUCCGCGACAAUAACAAUUGUCAGUCGAAUGCGAGCGGCGGCAGUCCAAUGAUACCCGAUAGUCCACCAACCACGUUCCUGCAGAAGCAACUAGAGGCGGUGGCUCCCAGGCCCAGCUCAGUGCUUCCCCAGCAGCAGCAGCAACAUCAUACCCAACAGCAGCAGCAGUUGCAACAGCGACGCUCUGCUAGCACACCUGCAGCAAGUGCAACAACCACACCUGGAGCUGCCACCAAUUGGCAUGCCCAUGUCUAUGCCCGCCCACCAAAUCGUCCCACACCUCACUCCAUUGCCGAUAUCCUUGGCAUGACCCUGAUCAAAUGGGAAACGCCCGAGGGCGCCUUUGAUCCCACCGGUCCAGCCAAGUCACCGAGCAGCAUCCUGCAGCAAUAUCAGCAACAGGAUCAGCAACAGCCCAUUAGGAGUGUCUCCAUCUCGAUGAGCGAUGCCAGCGAGGAGGAGAGUGCCUCCUCUAAUGCAACAGCAACAGCAGCAGCAACAGCAUCAGCAUCAGCAUCAGCUACUGCAUCUGCAGCAGCAACUGUUGCAGUCACAACAGCAGCAACUCCGCUCGAUCAGCCAUUGAAUCUGUGUGUGGUCAAAAAGUCGCGAGACAGCAACAACUCACCCAUGGCGACUGGCAAACAGAGCCAACUUUUAGGAAAGUCUGCCAGCAAGAAGGAAAACUCGGGAAAACCGGCGGCCAAGAAAAAGAAGUUGACUUCGGCCACAAAUGCAACGGUGGCUUUACCGCCAGACAUAAGUCCCACAGGCAGCAGCGACAGUUUGAUGCGGGACAAACUGGUGGCCAAUAGCUCACCGGGAGCCAGUACUAAUCCCGCCCAGCAGCAGCAAAGUAAUGCUAACAGUGCCCUGGAGACAACCGAAGAUGAUUCCGAUUCGGGAUCCACAGAUGCCAGGCGGAAAAAGAAGGCCCGCACAACAUUUACAGGACGCCAGAUCUUUGAACUGGAGAAAAUGUUCGAGGUGAAAAAGUAUCUCAGCUCCAGUGAGCGCACCGAAAUGGCCAAACUGCUAAUGGUUACCGAAACACAGGUCAAGAUUUGGUUCCAGAACCGUCGCACCAAGUGGAAAAAGCAGGAUAAUGUCACCAAUAACGAGGCGGCGGAGCACAAGUCCUCAAAUGCGAAUAAGCCGGGAUCGACAGGAGCAACAACAACAACAGGUGGCAGCGAGCCAGCUGAGAAGAAAGUCGCCGCCAAUAACAACAUAAGCACGAGCUCAGCUGGCGGUUCGCCGCCUGUUGGCAAUGCUGCACCGGCGGCUGUGGAGAUCAAAAAGUCUCCAAAGUCUCCUAAUCGUGGCAGCAGUAACAAUAAUAAUAACAAUACGCUAAAUAACAAUGUUAAUAGUAAGCAAAGUACAACAAAGAUUAAGAAACAAUUGAAUGCGCUGCUGGAGAAGACGGUCAAGGCGGCGGCAGCCACUCAGGUGAAGACAGAACCGCCAUCGCCAACAGCAUCUGCUGACCAUCACCACCAGAAGGCGUCCUCCGCCGGCGAGAAGCGUAAUAAUAGUAAUAACAACAAUGAAAGUCAAUUGCAAAACCAGCUGCUGCACCAGCGUCUGCACCAGCAUGCGAUUCCUCUAACCGUGGAACCGGCAGCGCCCUUGGAGCAGACCGAGAAGCUGGACAUCAAGCUGGAGGAGUCACCGCAGCACAGGGAACUCCAGCUGAGCCUCCAACGUGCGGCCAUUCAAAAUGGUCAGCUGACGGAAAUGGAUUUCGAGAGCAAGCUGGCGGCCAGUAAAAUAUCCAUUGCUCUGGCAAUGGCCAAUAAGUUGCAGCCGCCAAUGCCCGAAACCCACGACAAGAAGCCGAACAACAGCAGCAAGCCGGACAGCGAGUCCUCGGGGGAGGAUGACGACGAGGACGAGGAGGAGGAUACGGCGAGCGAGCAUGGCGGGUCCACGGAACCGCACGACGACUCCCAGGAUCCGGAUGCCACAAUGCGGGAAAUCUAGAGAAAUAAGCCCAGAGAGACAGUCAAAUUACCAUAACUUGUGCCAAAAACGUCGAAUAUUGCUCACAUUUCCCCCCAAAAAACAUUUAUGCAGAAUCCCAAAAAAAAAACAUAAUUAAAGAAAAUUAAUUAUAAACCUAAUUGUAAUUUAAAUGUCGCGUAAUCCGUUCACCCUUAGGCUUGUAUUUAAUUUAUUUAAUAUAUAUAUAUUUAACGCUAAGAGUCCUAGGCUUUUGUAAAUGUCGCAUUUAAAUAAGAGAGCUGCAAACUAUACGAAAAAAAACAAACAAAAAUUAUAUAAUUGUAAUCUGAACUUUCGAGAAUUUCAUGU